AUGCCGGCGCCGGGCGUCGGGGACGGCGUCGGGCGCCUGGGCUCUCGGGCGCUGCUGGAGAAGCACCCCUGGCCCAGGGUGUGCCCCCCAGGAUUUUCGGGGUGGCCCAUGGACGGCCACCCCGAGAGUCCUGGCAGAAUUGGCCAGGGGCGCUUCUGGCGUCUCGUCCUUCUGGGUUUGCUGGGCGCUUCCUUCGACAAGGCGUGCCCGAGGACAGCCCCCUCCACCGCGUCUUCGCCCCGAGAGAGCGCGCGGCGCGUCUGCGCCGGCGCUGGGCGACGUCAGCGGCGCCGGGCACCCAGGCCCGGUCUUCUGGCGGCGCGGCCGGUCGGGGCGAAGGCUCCGGGGCAGCAGAACGGCUCCUUCGCCAAGACGGUUUCCAGGACAGGCCUUUUCCGCGGCGUGGCCGCCCCGGAGGAGGGCCAGUCUGCGCCGGCACUGGGCGCGACGUGA